GUGUGUGUGUGUGUGUGUGUGUGUGUGUGUGUGUCUGUGUGUGUGUGUGUGUGUGUGUGAGUUAAGAGCGCCUCUUUUCCUCGGGGUGAGUUCGCUCUGGAGUGUCUGGACUUCCUCUGCACCCUCUAGUGUCAGACUCACACACUUGGUCUCAUCUGUAUUCACCAGAAGCAGAGCGUCCUCGUCCUGACUAAACUUUUUCCAAACAAACACCCGUUUUAAGUUAUUAUAAUGUUACAGCUCAUCUGCCUGUCAGUCCUCCACACCUUUAGCGUUGCCGUUGCCCAAUUUAAAAUGCAUGCACAGCCGGUUUUUCCUCACAGGUGCGAUGGCCUGGAUCUCCGUCCGCUCGGCCUGACAUUCCUGAUGGACGUCGCUUUCUUGGGUGAAGAGCCGAGCCGAGGCUCUCUGGAUGAAGCGGUUGCACGCGGGCGCCGAGGAGGACCGAGGCCUGGUGGUGAGGGACGAGCUGGCUCAGACGUAUGGAGACGGUCCCGAGAGUCCAGAUGCAUUGCGCUCGGACGGCUCCUGCUCGGACGGCGCUCGCAGCACGCGGCCGAGAAUCACGACCUGGGAGGCGGGCUGGAACGUCACCAACGCCAUACAGGGUAUCUUUGUGCUGGGUCUGCCCUACGCCCUGCUGCAGAGCGGGUACAUGGGUCUGCUGUUGCUGGUGUUAGCCGCGAUCAUCUGCAGCUACACCGGAAAGAUCCUGGUGUCCUGCCUGUACGAAGAGGACGAGAACGGCUGCCCGGUCCGCGUCAGACGGACCUACGAGGACAUCGCCACUGUCUGCUGCAGACACAUCUGCCCUUACAUCGGCGGCAAGUUGGUAAACGCCGCACAGGUGGUGGAACUGCUGAUGACGUGCAUCCUAUACUUGGUGGUCAGCAGUAACCUAAUGUGCCACAGCCUGUUUUUCCUGCCUCUGACCCCGGCGGCCUGCUCCGCAAUCACCUUUCUGAUCCUGGUGCCCUGCAUGCUGAUCCGUGACCUGCGGGUGGUGUCGCGUCUGAGCCUCUUCUGCUCACUGGCUCAGUUCCUCAUCACCUUCAUCGUCAUUGGCUACUGCCUCCGUCAGUCACCGCAGUGGGCCAGCAAGAGGCUGAGUGCAGUAGUGGUGGACUUCGAUGGCUUCCAGGUUGCGGUGGGGGUGAUCAUCUUCAGCUACACAUCACAGAUCUACUUGCCUACGCUGGAGGAGAGCAUGACCGACAGACUUGACUUCAACAGCAUGAUAGACUGGACUCACGCUCUGGCCUGCAUACUGAAGACAGCGUUCUCCGUGGUGGCCUUCCUCACUUGGGGAGAGGAAACCAAAGAGGUCAUAACGGAUAACCUGCCGACAGCUUUGCGGAUGGUGGUGAACCUGUGUCUGCUGGCAAAGGCUCUCCUCUCGUACCCUCUGCCAUUCUACGCCGCGGCGGAAAUACUGCAGACGGGCGUCCUGAAGCUCAAGCCGCCAGCAGAAGGGUCCGAUCGGUGGACUCUGCUCCUGCGUGGAUCCCUCCUCCUCCUCACCCUCAUCAUGGCGCUCUACGUGCCUCAUUUCUCCCUCCUCAUGGGCCUCACGGGCAGCGUGACCGGGGCGGCCAUGACGCUUCUGCUUCCAGCUCUCUUCCACCUGCAGCUGAAAUGGACUCAGCUGGACGCGAGCCGUAGGGUGCUGGACCUGCUGAUAUUACUGCUGGGCUGUUUCUGCAGCGUCUCUGGGGUUAUAUGUUCCAUCAAAGGGAUGAUAACAGCCUUUGAAGACAAAUAGAUAGCAAAUCGUGCUCUCCGUCUGUGUUUCCGUUUGCUCCGGUUGGUGGUGUUCGGUUGUUAAUAAAGUUAAACAGAGCUGUGUCUGGAGGUUAAUGAGCCUGCUUUGCUUCCUUCCACAAAUCUGACUGUGAAAUGUUAUCUAGCGUCGAGUGUUGUUGUCAUAAUUCACCAUGUUCAUUGCUCAGGCACUUACCAGGCCAAUCAUGCAUGAAAAGCACACGAGAUCCUGUUCUACAGUGUGUUUAUUAUUCUCUCGUUGUCUCUGGAGCGCAGUAAACAACUUUUGACAGUCAGUUAACUUCAUGUAAAAAACAAAUCAUAAAUAUACUGCUAGCAACUAAUAGUCUAUUAAAUUAUGAGCUUCUGAAACAGCA